AUGCCGAAUAAUGAAAUGGUGGAACUGCAGAGGAUACGAAUGAAGGACGAAAUUCGAGAGUACAAGUUUCGAGAGGCGAGGCUCCUGCAGGACUACACUGAGCUGGAAGAAGAAAAUAUCACUCUGCAGAAGCUGGUAUCCACGCUGAAACAGAACCAAGUUGAAUACGAAGGCUUAAAGCAUGAGAUUAAACGAUUUGAGGAGGAGACAGUAUUACUUAAUAGUCAGCUAGAAGAUGCCAUCCGGCUGAAGGAGAUUGCUGAGCAUCAGCUGGAGGAAGCUCUGGAAACUUUAAAAAAUGAAAGGGAGCAAAAGAACAAUCUGAGAAAGGAACUCUCCCAGUACAUCAACCUCAAUGAUAGUAUGUAUAAUAAUCAUAUUAAUAUAUCAGUAGAUGGAUUAAAGUUUGCAGAAGAUACAAGUGAGCCCAACAAUGAUGACAAAAUGAAUGGACAUAUCCAUGGGUCUCUUGUGAAACUUAACGGUGACUACCGAACUCCCACGAGUAGGAAAGGAGAAUCUCUGCACCCCGUCUCUGACCUCUUCAGUGAGCUCAACAUAUCAGAAAUACAGAAACUGAAACAGCAACUCAUGCAGGUGGAAAGAGAAAAGGCCAUUCUCCUGGCCAACCUGCAGGAAUCUCAGACGCAGCUGGAGCACACCAAAGGAGCCCUGACUGAGCAACAUGAGCGAGUCCACAGGCUCACGGAGCACGUCAACGCCAUGAGGGGCCUGCAGAGCAACAAGGAACUGAAAGCAGAGCAUGACUGUGAGAAGGGGCGAGACCCCAGCGAGGAAGCACACGACUAUGAAGUGGACAUCAAUGGUUUGGAGAUCCUAGAAUGUAAAUACAAAGUAGCUGUUACGGAAGUGAUAGACCUUAAAGCAGAAAUCAAAGCCUUAAAGGAGAAAUAUAAUAAUUAUGUGGAAAACUACACUGAAGAAAAGGCCAAGUAUGAGAGCAGAAUCCAGACUUACGAUGAACAGGUGACAAGCCUAGAGAAGUCAACCAAGGAAAGCCAGGAAAAGAUGGUCCACAUGGAAAAGGAGUUGCAAAGGAUGACAAGCAUAGCGAAUGAAAACCACAAUACCCUCAACACCGCCCAGGAUGAGCUGGUGACAUUUAGCGAGGAGCUGGCUCAGCUCUACCAUCACGUCUGCCUGUGCAACAACGAGACACCUAACAGGGUCAUGUUGGACUAUUACAGGCAGAGCAGAGUUACCCGCAGUGGCAGCCUGAAAGGCCCAGACGACCCACGGGGUCUCCUUUCCCCUCGGCUUGCCAGAAGGGGAAUGGCAUCGCCUGUAGAAGCCAGGACUCCGACUGAGCAGGUGACAAAAGAGGCCACAGAGCCUGGCAAGGAGCAGAGCCCAACGAAAACACCUACGAUUUCCCCUGUCAUCACUGCCCCUCCUUCCUCCCCAGUCUCCGACAGCAGUGACAUUCGCAAAGAGCCGAUGAACAUCUACAACCUCAACGCCAUAAUAAGGGACCAAAUCAAGCAUUUGCAGAAAGCUGUAGAUCGGUCGCUGCAGCUGUCGCGCCAACGUGCCGCAGCCCGGGAGCUGGCGCCCAUGAUUGAUAAAGACAAGGAGGCCUUAAUGGAAGAGAUUCUGAAACUGAAAUCCCUCCUGAGUACAAAGCGGGAGCAGAUAGCAACCCUGAGAGCAGUGCUGAAAGCCAACAAGCAGAGCAAUACUUCUGUAUACAUGGAGAGAGACCAGGACGUCAAUGAAAAAUUCUACAAGCUCCUCCUGAUGGACAAGGGCAAUGUGUAA